GAGCAGCACAUUGUACCGACUCCACUCAAGACACCGAUCUGUGUUUACACCAGGGAAUAACAAGGGAGCACACCAGAGAGACUCUGACGACUGCAGCAGGAUGUCAGCUUACAACUGCUCUUUUGAUCUAACAGCUGAAAAAGGCAGUUGGCUUUGUCCUCCGGAGGAAAAGUGUGUCAAUCUGACCUCUGUGGUAAACGGAAGCCACAUCAAUCUGGAUGACGCAUGUCUAACAGAGGAAGGGUACCUGGAGAAAUAUCUGGGGCCUCGUCGAUCAACUGUGUUCCUCCCCAUCUGCCUCAUCUACCUGGUCAUCUUCCUGGUAGGUGUGGUGGGGAAUGUGUUGACGUGCACUGUAAUUGCACGCAACAAAGUGAUGUGGACGCCAACAAACUACUACCUGUUCAGCCUGGCGGUGUCAGACCUGCUGGUGCUGCUGCUCGGCAUGCCGUUAGAGCUGUAUGAGCUAUGGCAGAACUACCCCUUCCUCCUGGGGAAGGGCGGCUGCUACUUUAAAACAUUCCUAUUUGAGACUGUUUGCUUGGCGUCUAUCCUCAACGUUACAGCGCUGAGUGUGGAGCGUUACAUCGCUGUGGUGCACCCGCUUCGUGCAAAGUACGUCGUAACGCGCACCCAUGCCAAGCGGGUCAUCCUUACAGUGUGGGGUGUGUCUGUAUUGUGUGCUUUGCCAAACACAAGUCUGCAUGGGAUCGACGUCCUUCACAGUCGCCUCAGUGGCCCCGAUGGGAACAUUACUGUUGAGAUCCCUGACUCAGCGAUCUGUACAUUGGUGAAACCACGCUGGAUGUACAACCUGACCAUCCAGGUGACCACCUUGCUAUUUUUCAUGCUGCCCAUGCUCACCAUCAGCGCCCUCUACAUGCUCAUCGGGCUGCAGCUGAAGCAGGAGAAGAUGCGUCACACACUGGAGGCGAAGACGGGCUUUGGACAGGACAGCUUCUGUAACAUCCGAACACAGCAGCAGAAAGCACGUCGCCGGCAGGUCACCAAAAUGUUGUUUGUUUUAGUGGUGGUUUUUGGGAUCUGCUGGGCCCCAUUUCACACAGACCGCCUCAUGUGGAGUUUCAUCAAUGACUGGACUGACAGCCACCGGGAAAUUUUCCAGUAUGUGCACAUUAUCUCUGGAGUGUUUUUCUACCUCAGCUCAGCGGUCAAUCCCAUCCUGUACAACCUCAUGUCCACACGUUUUAGAGAAAUGUUCAAGGAGGUCAUGUGCCAUCGGCCACAUCACAUCACGCCCAGAAAACAUUCGCUCAGUGUCACGCGGGUGACACUCCGCAGCACACUGAGUGAUGCGCCACUUGGCAACGGAGCCGCUGUUGUUGAAGCCGAGGCAGAAGAUGGAGACGCGCGGAUGAAAGACGAGACCACUUUUACGUGUUAAACACAACUUAAAGAGGAAAAUGGCAAUGUGUUUGGAAAGACUGUCCCGUUCUGAGCCACUCCAUCCGUCAACUAUCAUCAUCAUCCACUUUGAACAGGUGCAUCAGCGAAAAAGUGUUCGGAUUAUGCUGCUUUUAAAAACUUCAUCCAUAACUCACCAACUCACAUACUGAAGUUAAAUUCCAGACCUUUUUAAACGCUUUUACACUAUAAUGUCAUCUCAAGUUUGCCAACAAAAAUAACUUGUUCACUGUAUAAAAGCCAAAUGAAAUGAAAAGUCGUGUUUCUUAG